UAUACAUACACAUUGUUUGUUUGUGUGUGUCAGCUUCAGCUUUUGUGUUAAGCGGAGGAGGAUUAGUUGCAGAAGAAUGACGGUGAAAGAUCAGAAAGGCGGCGACCGGAAGAUGUUUGUGGGCGUCGUAUGGAACUGCGCGGCUGAGUUGAAGCUUUUACUCACAGCUCUCCUCUUCCUCUUCUGCAUCAUCACCCUUCUUCAGUUCAUUCCUUCUCCCCUCACUCUCUCCACCGCCGAUCUCCGCAACUGCCUCUCCAAACCCGUCGCCCAUCCCGCCGCCGCCCUACCGCUCUUCAAUGCCGCCUCGCUUCCGCCGCCUCUGCAGCGAGACAGAGCCCUGGAGAACGGCGCCGUCAAACGGGGCUUCACCGCCAUUGGCUCCGCCGCCUACAACUUCAUUCUCAUGUCGGCAUACCGGGGCGGAUAUAAUACGUUUGCGGUUAUGGGUUUAGCCUCGAAGCCUCUCCAUGUUUUUGGAACGCCGAGCUACCGGUGCGAGUGGGUCCCCGCGGGGGAAUCUAAAGAUUCCGUUUUUGUCCCCGGCCAGAGAAUCCUCCCGGAUUGGGGAUACGGCCGUGUGUACACUGUCGUGGUGGUGAAUUGCACAUUCCCUGUUCCCGUCGGCGAAAACGGCGGGAAGCUCCUAAUCCACGCCGCCGCCAACGGCGGCGGCGACACCAAUUUCAACCUCACCGAUACAUUCGAGGCCUUAAUCGAAUCCCCCGGAGAUUUCGCGGAUUUUAGGUCUGUUCUCAAGUCUCCGCCCAAAUACGACUAUUUGUACUGUGGAUCGCCCAUCUACGGCAAUUUGAGUCCACAGAGGAUCCGAGAAUGGGUGGCCUACCACGUCAGAUUAUUCGGCGAGAAGUCGCAUUUCGUGAUCUACGACGCCGGCGGUGCGCACCCGGCGGUAAUGGAGGUUCUCAAGCCGUGGAUGGAGAAAGGCUAUAUCACAUUACAAGACGUUAAAGAGGAAGAGCGAUUCGAUGGAUAUUACCACAACCAAUUCCUAAUCGUAAACGAUUGCCUUCAUAAAUACAAAUUCCAGGCCAAAUGGAUGUUCUUCUUCGACGUGGAUGAAUUCAUCUUCAUCCCCAAGAAAAACACGCUCAAAUCCGUCCUGGAUUCCCUCUCCCCCUUCACCCAAUUCACGAUCGAGCAAAUGCCGAUGUCCAACAAGCUCUGCCUCAAGGAAGACGCCGGGAAAACCGCCCGGAAAUGGGGGUUCGAGAAGCUGGUGUUUAAGGACUCCAAGACCGGGAUCCGGCGAGACCGGAAGUACGCCGUGCAGCCGAGGAAUGUGUUCGCCACUGGGGUCCACAUGUCGGAGAACGCCGCCGGGAACACCACCCACAAGACGGAGGGGCGCAUCAUGUAUUACCAUUACCACGGCACCAUCGCCCAGCGCCGGGAGCCCUGCCGGCAGCUGGUCAACGACACGCGUCUCGCCGUUGACGGAAUCUCCUACGUUGUGGACCCCACGAUGCGUGACGUCGCCGGAGCCGUGAAAAGAUUCGAACUCAAGACCAUCGGAUCCGUGCUACAAAGAACUCGCCAAUAAUAAUAAAAAUCAUAAUUAAAUUAUAUAAUGUUAAUAAUUAGUGCAGUAAUUAAAAUUAUUAUCUUUGUUUUUUUUUUCCCCUUCUUUUUCUUUUUAAACAUCUUUGUUUCAGUUUCAUGCACUCCAAUUCCAUUUACAUCUUCCAUUACUCGUA